CCGGGUGCCGGCGCUGCGCAAAACGACCGUCGCACGGCCGACGACGCGGGCUCCCAUGCCUUGCAGCCGAUAAUCAAUGCGCACGAUGCCGAUCAACGCGCGCGGGUAGGCCGAGGGCUGCCCCAAAGCUGCCCCAUCACGAAAAGCUGCGCCUGUACGCCAUCGAGCAGCCACCAUGCGCCUCCUCAUCCUCCUCACGUUAACGCGCGCCCAGCAGCUCGUCUACAAGUACAACGUGUCCUGCGACAACGCCACCAAUACCUUAGUGAAGGACGAGCGCCGCGGACCAGACGGCGACUGGGUGGGAGAGUGGGUGGAACCGGGCGGCGGCUGGGUCCCGAACUACGUCCGAAUUAACUUAAGAGCGAGGUACAUCCACGAGAUGGGCGGCGACAACUCCAGCAAACUGGCCAAACAAUUGUGCCAUAGUAUAGGCGCGACGAUCGCCACGAUCUACUCGGAGGAGGAAGACGAAUUAGCCUACGCCGCCUGCAAGCCCGCGGACUGCUGGAUCGGCCUCGAGGAGGACGGCGGCGUCCCCGACUACCUGUGCGACGGGAAAUGCGGCACGGCCGAGACGUGGUGGGGCGAGCAGGUCCACGCCAGCGUCCCGUGCUACUUCCUGACGGCGUCGACGCGACUCCUGUCCGUCAGACGAGGUAGUUGAUUCGGUCCGAAACGGCCCAAAUUUGGACCAGAGACGAGUCGCGUCGAUGGCGUGGAGAUCACACACGUGUCGCGCGCAGGUCUGGCUCUGGGUCGACGACAUGGGCGGGCCGCUCGGACUCAUCAACCGGCGCAUCGGCGACGGCCUCGUGGGCUACCGGUGGCGCGCCGGCGGGUCGAACGGUCUCAACAUGCCCGAGGGCUACGAGAACUGGAACCGGUUGCAAGGGCAGCCGGACAACGGGAAGUUGAAGGGUGUGCCCGGCGACGAGCGCCACGCGCACAUCGCGGGCUACGACGGCAUGUGGCACGACGUGCUCGGCACCGACGAAUAUUACCCGUUGUGUCGCAUGUGGCCGAACCGCUCCGACGGCUUCGUCUGGAACGGGACGGACUGCAAGCCCAAAGCAACGCCCUCGCCGACGACGUACAACGUCUUCCUCCACGACCCCGAGUACGUCUGGGGCGGCUUUCUGUUCGUCGUGUUCCAUUGUUUGGUACUUGGUCUGUUAUUCACGCUCUCGAAAAAAGUGCGAGAUAAACGAGAACGGACCCGGGAGCACUACUACUACUCGUGGCGUAGUAUGUGUGCGUCUGGCACUCUAUUUUUAUGUUUUCCGCCCUACGCGCUGCUACCUCUGUUAACGCCGUGCGAUAAAUAUAAUACGGCGAUCGUCCCGGAAGGCGGCGGCGGCCCCGAGUCGCUCGUAGACGACGGCAAAAGUACAUUAGCCCAAUACUAUGCGGCCUUCAUCGAACUCGUCCAAGCGUGCACGUGGGCUAUCGGUCUCCCUUUAAAGAUGGCGAUGUCGCGGACCGACUUCCUAGCCACGCGCUACAACGACUUCGGGGGCGCUAGUUACCGAGCCUUCGUCGACCUCAAGCUCAAGAAAGAUGAAAGAAUAAAAUGGUUAGAUGCGUGGGGUUCGAUUGAUGCGGACACGUCGAAUUCUGUGGAUGCCGCGGAGUUCUUCGACGCGUUUCGUCUAGACCCAAAUGAAUACGCGAGAAAAUUGUAUAAUAUCUAUGAUGCGAAGAAGAACAAUAGCGUGCCGUUCCACGACUUUCUCAUCACGUCCUGGCGCUUGUGCCACGUCAGUCGCGAAGCUUGCGAAGAAGUUUCGUUUAGAUUGUUGCGACGGUCCUCGCGCUUCAAUAAAUUAGACUCGACGCUGGACGUGCGCGACGUCCAGCGCUUCGUGGAGCACCGCUACGGCUUCAAGAAGGCCAGUGCGAAGAAGAAGUCGCUGCAGAUCUUCCAGUUUGUCGCUGUGUGGAAUCAACCAGCGAGUUAGGUUCCUCCACGCCAUCGAACUGACGCUGUCACGGCGACAACGUCGCGUCCAUGGCCUGGAUUCUCCACGCCAUCGAGCCGCCGCGGUCACGGAGACAACGUCGCGUCGAUGGCGUCGGGCGCCCGAAAUUUGAUUUCCACACAGGUUCAUCGAUAAAGAUGGAUCAGGGGGUAUGGACUUCAAGGAGUUCCAGGUACUGCACGCGGCGUCCCUACUCGUCACCCUCCACGCCAUCGGCGCGGCUCGAUGCGCUCGUCGUGACGCCAUCGCCGCGUAACGCGUCCGCACGCAGGCCUUCGGCCGCACGAACCCCGUCUUCCUCGCCGUCGGGCAUCGGAUGCAGACCAAACUACGACACAAGCUCUUUGGGCGCCAGUACUGGCUUGAUCAAACAAAAAAACGGAAAGACCGGUAUGCCUUCGACAAGAAGUUCGAGAGUGACAUGGAGAAGUAUGUUGGACUAAGAUACGGCGACAUGCCACCCGUCGAGCGGAAGUCGCGGGCGUCCUUCGGGAGUCGCACAGCGACGCCAGCAACGCCAAAGAAGAAGGAGGCGGCCGUCGACUUCUGGGGCGAGUUUCCCGAGGUCUACCAGCAGGUAUUGACACAAAUCAAGAAGGAAGAGGGCGAGAAGGCGACCUUAGCUGCCUUGCACCGGACGAUGCGGGCAGAACUACACGGGAAAUUGAUCAAGGCCGUCGAGACGCUAUUUGGGGAUGCUCGUUCAUUGGAAGGGUGCUUCUCGCGGUGGAAAGCUAGAUGUGUCCAACAACGUAGACUGUUGAGAGAUGUUGACUCCGCGACGGGCACCGAGACGACCGAACUUGAUGUGGACGACGCGGUGCACGCGGGCAUCAUCGAGACCAUGAACCGGACGCUGCCGUCGCACGAGGUGCGCGACGCGACGUUGUUGAAGGCCCAUGACAUAGCUACGAUGAAACGAACAAAACGAAGUCGAUUAACAGCAGCCCAGUACGGGACGUUGCGCGGGGCGCUCGGCGACCAUUCGAUCAUUGAAGAUGGUGUUGGCUGGCGCGAACGCGAGUCGAUUGUUUCGAUCCAGCGGUCUUCAUCUCUGAAGUCUCGGUCGCGUAUCCGGUCGUACUACGACGACGGCGACACGUCCGACGAGGAGUCGGCGGCGUCGUUCUUGUAUGACGAUGAUGGGUCGGUAGUGAGUAAGCUCACUUUGUAGUUUUUGUGCGUGUUCGCGUCGGUGGCGUUCCCGGGGGUGCGUGUCGCCGACUCGGAGGACGCCGUCACGCCGCCGCAUAUGACUCCACGGAUACUUGCAAACAAACUUUACUUGAUGAUCACGCGACGCGCCU